UUUGAUGAUUCAAAGGUAACUUCAUUCUCGUCUCUAACUUGACGUCUUUCUCCAACCAACCUCGAAACUUUUAUUCUUAUUUGACUGUAAAUUAACAAAAACAAGCAAAUAUGGGUAAACAUUUUGGAGAACUUUACAAAAUCCGAGGAUUAGUUUCAUACACGCUAUCCCCAUUUGAACAAAAGGCAUUUGCAGGACUAAUUUCCAAAGGCUUACCAAAUACCUUGAGGCGAAUUCGCGAAAGCGCCUUCAUAAUCUUACCCCCAACUAUAAUAGCAUAUUUGGUUUAUGAUACUGUUGAAAAGAAGUAUGCUCAAUUGCAGAGGAAAAAUCCAGCUGAUUAUGAAAAUGAUGUUUAAAUUUAAUAAUAUGUUAUUGUAGAUUAUAUUGAAUAAAUUAUUUGUGUAGUACAC